AUAAACCAAACGAUCAUCUCCUUCUAGCAGCCAUAAAAUUAAACUUAAGAACACUGACCAGUACUGCUACCAGAUCAGUAACACUCGCAGACUGAUCAAAUAGCGGCCAUGUCUUCCCCUACUGAUCCGUUAAAACUUGUUCAUAGUGAUGAGCUUGUAUCGGUUGGGGUUGAGAUAUCAGCUGAUGGCUUCAUCCCUGUCGUUGACGUGGAGGGACUUCAGGGUCCUCGCCGCCCUCAAAUCGUUAAACAAAUUGGCCAUGCAUGUCAACACUAUGGUGCCUUCAUCGUGAAGAACCAUGGAAUUCCAGAGACCGUUUUCAACAACUUCCUGGGCGGUGCAACAAUGGAUUUCUUCAGAUGGCCAGAGCGAGAAAAGUUGAAAUUUUACACUCCUAAACCUGGAAAAUUUGACAAUACUGAACCUCGCAAGCCCAUCGAGUACUUUCGUGCUUAUACUACCGGCGAAAAUGUCUCUCUCGUAAGGGAACUGGCAUAUGUUUCUUGUCUUAUUGGAGAUUAUGCAAAUCAAUGGCCUUCAAUUCCUCCCUCAUUCAGGGAAAGAGUCACUGAUUUUAGUACAAGCGCUAAAAGGGUGGAGUUCGCACUAGGCGAGGCCAUAUGUGAGAGUUUAGGCCUGGAAAGAGAUUACAUAAAGAAGAAGCUACUGAGCAACCAUGAACAAAAAGUAGCUAUGAACUUCUAUCCAGCACGUAAACAAGAAGAUUCAGAGCUUACUUGUGUACUUCGUGACCAUACGGACCCGACCAUAAUCACAAUUUUGUCGGAACAGAAUGUUCAUGGACUUCAGAUUCUACACGAUGGGGAAUGGAUGAAUGUUAAUCUUAGCCCAAACCACUUGAUUGUGUUAACCGGUGACCUACUGCAGGUACUUAGCAACCGUCGAUACAAGAGCUUGCCCCAUCGAGUUAUCGUGACUUGUGAAAAGGAUCGUUUAUCCAUCGCCACCUAUUGCAAUCCAUCAGAUGAUGCUACAAUAGAACCGGCUAAGGAAUUGAUAGACAAUGAUCAUCCAGCAAUCUAUAAAAAUUUCACAUACCGAGAGUUCAAAGACAACGUUGAAUUAGCUGUGGAUGAUGCCCGGUUGAACGUUUUCAAGAUUACUGGAGCUGCUUAACUAUGCUAGCUUUACAUACAAUAUUGGUACCUUUGACAUCCUUGUAACAAAUAAAAUAUAUGGAUGUUUGGUUUGGCCGAAUAAUGGUUUGCAAAUGUUACGAAUAUUUUGAAGGAA